ACAUCAGAGGCGGCUUUUUGCACAGGAGGAGGCCCGUGGGAUGAGUCACUCAAACCGAAAGCCAGCUGCUAUUUUAAAACGCAAGGAUGGACGAGGAUGGUGGCGAGCCAACGACUUAUGUGUCCACAGUGCGCCUGCUGCUCGGGGGGCGCACACGCAAUCGACCGGAACCGCUCGCCGACGGGACGGGGAUGAGAAACGCUGCGGGAAUCUUACGUCCAACAGGUGAGAAAUUUCAUCCUCAUGAAUCAAAUUCCAAAAAUGGCGUUGCCAGAACAUUGAGCUGCAAGAAUUCUUCUGGAAGUCAGUCCUGUGGUGCAGAAUUACACAUUAAAGAGACAAACAAAACUUGCAGUCCAGACGCUAUGGAGCUCAAGACAGAAAGCACGGAAGCGCCCGGAAAAGACAGCGGACGCAGGACAGAAGCUGAAGCUGGUUCUCCUGUGCACUUUCUGGAGCCACCGGAGCACGUGGCCGUUCGGGUUGGCGAGGAGGCCCGCUUGCAUUGCGACUUCCGCACGUCCUCCGUCCCCGUGGCCUGCUGCUGGAUAUUCAACAGAGGAAAGGCGGUUCUGCCAGACCCGAGGAUGUCUGUCAGUAGCGACGACGCGCACAGCAGCCUGUUGAUCUCAGAGGCUCAACCGGAGGACACGGGUUCUUACACGCUCAUCGCUCGGAACCGAAACGGUUCCAACGAACACACUGUCUCGCUCAGCGUCAUACAUCGUCCCGAUCCGCCCGCGUCUCAUCCGGUGGUCUCCCAGCUGUCCGCCGAGUCCCUCGUCCUCUCCUGGACGGGUCCCAGCUUUGACGGAGGCACGGCCGUGUUGGGUUACAUCGUGGAAGUCCGGCGGCUGGGCGCCGACGCAUCUGGGGACUGGACGGAAAUAGCCGAGCGGUGUAAGAACACCUCAACCCAGGUCAGCUCGGGCCUGGAGCCCUACGGAAAGUACCGCUUCCGAGUCCGGGCCUACCACGCCGAGGGGGUCAGCGAGCCCAGUCAGGAGUCGGACUGCGUCACAAUGGCAACGAUCAAAAAGGACGACAUGGGACGUUAUGUCAAAGUGGUGAUUGAUACUAAACGGGAGCUGCAGGACCACUACAACAUCCAUGAGAAGCUUGGAGUCGGGAAGUUUGGGGAGGUGUUCCGUCUGUCCCACAAAGAGUCGGGCGAGGUGUACGCAGGGAAGUUCUACCGGGCCAAGAGCUCCAAAGAACGCUGGGCCGCCCGGCAGGAGAUCGAGCUGAUGAACUGCCUCCACCACCCCAAACUGGUCCAGUGUCUGGCGGCCUACGAGGCCCCCACCGAGACGGUCAUGGUCAUGGAGUAUAUCGCAGGCGGGGAGCUUUUCGAGCGCAUCGUAGACGACAACUUUGAGCACACGGAGCCCACCAGCGCCGGCUACAUGCGACAGAUCCUGGAGGGCAUGCUGUACGUGCACAAGCAGAACAUCGUCCACUUGGACCUCAAGCCCGAGAACAUCGUCUGCACCGAUCACACGGGAACGUGCAUCAAGAUUAUCGACUUUGGCCUGGCGAGUAAACUGGAAGAGGGGAAGCCCCUCAUGGUGAUGCACGGAACGCCAGAGUUUGUGGCCCCCGAGGUGAUCAGCUACGAGUCCGUGGGAGUGGAGACGGACAUGUGGAGCAUCGGAGUCAUCUGCUUCAUCUUGCUAAGCGGAGAGUCGCCCUUCCAGGGAAACAGCGAUGCCGAGACGUUCGCUCUCGUCACCGCAGCUCAUUACAACUUCGACCCGGAGAGUUUCGAGGACAUCUCCGACCAAGCCAAGGACUUCAUCAGUGGCCUUCUGAAGAAAGAGCGCAGGAGCAGGUUGUCGUGCAUAGAGGCCUUGGUCCACCCCUGGAUGGCCUCCUUCACCUCUCUGAACCGCAGGCCCACAAAGUCCCUCAGGAAAGAGAAGAUGAGACGCUUCCUGGCCAAGUGCAAGUGGAAGAAAACCGGCAAGGCUGUUCUGGCCCUGCAGCGCAUGUCCAACCUUUACAACAAACCAGACUCUCCUAGCAGCAACUCAGACGAGCCGAGCUGGAGCCAAGAGGCAGAGGAGGCCAUUCGCUCGCUGGAUAAGCAGCUGCACAGCGAGCCGCGCUUCCGGGAGCCCCUGAGGGACGCCAGCCUCCCCGCGGGAGCCACCGCUCGUCUGGAGUGCCGAGUGGACGGUUACCCUCAUCCGGAGGUGAAAUGGCUCCAAGAUGACAAGCCGAUUCCCGAGUCGACCCGAGUGCAGCUGGAAUACGGCGAAGACGGCCGCUGCUCGCUGGUGUUGUCCGGCGUGGAAGCGUCGGACGCCGGCGUGUACGUGUGCCGGCUCAGCAACCAGCUCGGGGCGGCCUCGUGUUCCGCCCGACUCAAAGUGGACAUGUGAAGCAAAAAACGGGAACGGCAGUCGCCACGCACUUAAGUAUUAUUUUUGUGAGCGCAUGCUGUUACAAGGUCAAACGUUUGCAUUAUUCAACACAAGUUGAGAACAUUGUACUUUUAUUAUAUUUUUUUUUUUUUGCACAGUCCAUGUUCAAUGUGAAUCUUUAAAUGGCAUUCAUAAUUAAAGGCUACAUUUGAAAGACAAAACUCA